AUGUCCUAUCCCUAUCCAAACUACGUAUACUCUAUCUUCGUCUUCAUCAGCUUUUUGCUGGUUAGUAUCCCAUUCCCAUGGCAUUUGGAAGCCUGGAAUACGGGUACUUGCCUCUACAUGUUCUGGACGGCAUUAGCUUGCCUCAACCAAUUCGUUAACUCGAUCGUCUGGUCUGGCAAUGCGAUUAACUGGGCCCCAGUGUGGUGCGACAUCUCCGCCCGAAUCAUCAUCGGUACUUCCUUCGCUAUCCCCGCGGCUUCUCUCUGCAUUAACCGCCGCCUCUACCACAUUGCUUGCGUACAAUCGGUGACUGUGACCAAGGCUGAGAAACGCCGCGCUAUCAUGGUGGACUUGGCAAUUGGUCUGGGUAUCCCAAUUUUGGGCAUGAUCCUCCAAUACAUUCCUCAGGGCCACCGAUUCAAUGUCUUCGAAGACUUGGGAUGCUACCCCUUCACCUACAAUACCCCCGUAGCUUUCGUCCUCGUUUACUGCCCACCGGUCCUCAUCGGAUGCAUCUCCGGCUAUUACUGCAUUCGUAGCAUCCUUGCCUUCAACAAGCGUCGCCUCCAAUUCAAGGAGCUCCUCUCUGCAAACAGUGGCCGCCUCACUUCUAACCGUUACUUCCGCCUCAUGGGCCUCGCCUGCACCGACGUCGUCCUCACCGUCCCCCUCGGUCUCUACGCCAUCUCGCUCAACGCACGCAUCGGGAUUUCCCCCUGGUUGGGCUGGGCUGAUACCCAUUAUGGGUUCUCCCGCGUCGACCAGAUCCCCGGCGUCCUAUGGCGCAUGGACAAGACUUUCGUGACCGCUGUUGAACUCAGUCGAUGGUCCAUCGUCUUCUGCGCCUUCAUCUUUUUCUUCUUCUUCGGCUUCGCCGAUGAGGCCCGCAAGCACUACCGCAUCGCUUUCGAUUCCGUUGCCAAGCGUGUCGGUUACACCACUGGCGGGACAAUGUCCUCCACCGGGACUUUCAACGAGAAGCGGUCAUACCCUGGUAUGGGAUCUACUGGCACCGGCGUUACCCUUCCCGUCUUUGUACACACCGAUAUGAUCACCAAGCGCGAAUCGUACGCUUCAUUCUCCGAUAUGUCCUUCACGGACGCUGGUGGUGCUUUGGAUGUCAAGACCGACGUCGGAUACUCCACAUCUUCCAGUUCUUCGACUCUUUCGGUGCCCGAGCAAGCUCACACUCGACAGGACGUCGUCGGCAUCGAAAUAUCUUCUGUACGCGGCGUUGUCCUCGACUCCCCUGCACCCUCCCCUUCGGAAUCUCCCGUCAACAAGGAGAACCCACCGCGACAUACCCCCGAUACACCCUCAACAUAUAAAGAGAGCGACUUGAGCGCCGUAUAA